UUGCCGUCUCCAUCAAGUGACGAAAUUUGUCCCUCCUCACUCCUUUGUUGCUCUCCUGGUUUCUUCGAUGAGGUUUCUUGCUGGGAAGCACUCCGAUCGAACAGGGUGAAGGAACGAGGUUGCAAGUAAAUAAGAUUUGCGACUCCGGCGUCGACUUCCGGAAUCUCCAGCUGUCACCGGAAGUGCCGCACCAACUUCCCGCUGUCAUCAAAUACGCUAGCGCUCACUGACUGCCGAACUAUAUUGGAACAAACAUGUCAAGCGCCGUCGAAACCACGCUGCCUUCCGAAUGGGACGACGACGAACGAAUGAAUUUUCUGUUCUCUGACUUCAAAGAAAACCGCGACGUGAACACAAUGGACUGGGACAGUAAAAUGGACUUCUGGACGACUCUGGUCGUACAAAGCUGCAGGGACCGCCGUUCCGUGUGUGUCAAUCUGCAGUACCUCAACAAAACCUUCAGGAGGAAAGAAAAAUCACCUCUGGGCUUGACGACUGUCAUCCAAUCCAUGUCUAGAUGUGGGAAGCUUCAGAGGGAGUCUGAGUUUGCUGCCAAUGUUGAUUGCGGCUGGCUGUCGUGGGGUGUUGGCCUCCUGCUGGUGAAGCCUCUCAAGUGGACCUUCUCCUCACUGCUGGGAGGAAACAGAGUACCUUUGGAAGAGUCUUUUGUUGUCAUCGAACUGGUGAAGGAGAAAGCUGCCGAAGUGCUCAGGAUUUACCAAAGCAGCGAAUUUGCAUGUCACCCUGUCAUGUCAUUUCAAGAGCUGUGUACACUCACCUCCACUGUGUGUGCCGAUGAAAGUACCCUGUGCAUGGCACUUCUGCAGCUGCAGAGGGACAAACAAGUGGCGGUUUCCUUGCAUGAGGGGGAAAAGAUUGUUAAAUUUUGCCAACCUGGGCAGAGUCGCGUCUCCACUGUCAGUGAAGUUGAAAUCGGAAUCUACCAGUUACAGCGUAGUGAGAAACUGCUGGAGGAGCGUCUGGAGAAACUGGGCAUGGAGGCUGAUAAGUGCAGAGAAGAAGCAAGACUUCUACUUCGAGAAGGGAAAAAAACACAGGCACUGAGGUGUUUGAGAGGUCGGAAAAGGGUGGAAAAGAGAGCAGACAACUUGUUCGGACAGCUGGAGUCCAUUAGAGGCAUCCUGGAUCGCAUAGCCCAGUCAAAGACUGAUAAAAUGGUUCUACAAGCGUACCAAGCGGGAACGGCCAGCCUCAGACUUUCUCUCAAGGAUGUGACGGUGGAAGGUGCCGAAAGCCUUCUUGAUCAAAUCCAGGAGUUAUGUGACAAACAAGAUGAGGUGAGCCAAGCCAUAUCUGGGGCAGUGACCACGACAGAUGAUGAUGGGUUGGAGGAAGAACUGCAAUCGCUGUUGGAUGAAUCCAGCACGGGUCCCGAGGUUCCAAGCUCGGUCCUGCCGAGUAUCCCGGGUGACGACUUGCUGGAUUCACUGCCUGCCGUCCCUCACACAGACCUGAAUAAUAGCGCCAAGCAGCUGGAAGAACAACUCAAGCAGCUGAUUCUCUAAAGAUUCAGGACUCCUGCAGCGCAAGAAAAGGAGCUUUUUGCAAUGCAGAGGCAAACAAAGUGACCUGGAAUUUUUACUAUGUAAAGCU